CUACUGUCAUCUUUCAUAACCCCUGUAAACAAGGCGUCUAUGGUUUCCUACUUCAGCAGUAAUUAUGGGAUGAUCAAAUCACCUGGAAGGGGGAAAUUAUUAAAAGCUCUUGAUGGGAUUAUUGAAACAAUAUUACAAUCUGUGGUUCAAGAAAGAUCAGAGUAACAGAUUCACGAUGACCAAUAAAAAAUACUCAAUGAGUGAUGAUGAUUUCCGCGAGUUUCGUCGACCAGGUUAUAAUCCUGAUAAAGGCGUGGGAUUAUGGAUUAAAUAUUUAUAUGUUGUAUUCCUGGUUGUGAAUCUGGUUGGAGCAAUGAUUAUAUUAGGAAUUGGAAUAUGGACAUAUUUGGCAGAUUACGGCAGCAAAGUCCUCUCGAAGUUGAUUGGUGUAAAUUUAUAUCAAGUUGAUUCGUACAUUUUGAUUGGUGGAGGUUCCGCCAUCAUAUUGAUUAUUGGAUUAGGUGUCUGCGGAUUAAUCGCUCGAUACAGAUGUCUUAUGGGAUUGCAUCUGAGUUUACUAGCGUUUAUGUCUGUGAUGUUAUUUGUUGCUGGUAUUCUUGGUUAUGUGCUCAUUAGUGACCUUGAAGAUAAAGUACGGAAUAAGAUGGAGGAUACAUUGGUCAAUAGUUACGGUGUUAACAUCGAAAGAGAACAAGAUAAUGCUGAGAUUACUUAUGCCUGGGAUGAGAUUCAGAGAAAUUUUGGUUGUUGUGGUGUUUAUGGUGGUAUUAAUGAUACAGAUUCUUGGGCUAUUUAUAGAACAAAAUCAAAAUGGUUCUCAGAAGAUUUCGCAAAUUCUACAUAUGUACCAGAAAGUUGUUGUGCCAAGGAUAAUAAAGAACUGUGUGUUAUAUUACAUAAUAGCACAUUUAUUACAGCCGAUCCAAUUGUAAUUUAUCCUACAAAAGCCAACUUUACUCUACAUACACAGGGUUGUUUUGAUAAAUUGGAUCCACUGCUGGAGAGAACUGGUAUUGUGAUAGGAACGACAGCCAUUACUGUUGGAGUUUUUCUGUUGAUUGAGUUGAUUUUAUCUGUGAUGAUGUACAGAAUGUUACCCAAAUAAUCGUAACCAUGGUGACACCCAAUCAAAUGAGACUAAUACUGAAAUCAGAUGUUUAUUCCAUUUUCUUGUAUUUUGUAUGUACUAAAUUAACGUUUUAAGUCGGUGUUUGGAUCACAUGAACUUUUUGACUAAUCCUAGUCUGUAUAUUGUGAUGAUAUAAGAAUGCUCAAAAUCAACUGCUGAUUACAAACGUGUUAGGAAUGCUUGUAGUAAAUCUACUGCUGAUUACAAACGUGUUAAGAAUGCUUGUAGUGUAUCAAUCUGAUUAAAAUAUGGGGCCCUUAUUCACCAAAACUUAAACUAAGAUACAAUCGAAAUUUUAAGAAAUACUGCAAUUCGAUUGGCUGACCAAUAUGCAAAUUGGAUAUAUGCAAAUUGAUUUUACUGGUCAGCCAAUCGAAUUGCAGUAUUUCUUAAAAUUUCGAUUGUAUCUUAGUUUAGGUUUUCGUGAAUAAGGGCCCAGAUCUAUCGUUCGUUCCUAAAGUUUUACGUCCACUUCAACCAUAGGUGAUAUCGUAGACAAAAACAUACAGAUCUAUAUUUCAUUUCGGUUUUUUUUUUUAUAUACUUUUGAUGGCCUCUACUGUAUGAAGAUCUGACCGGUUGUAGUGGAAGGUCGCGUCAGAGGUCAUAUGAGCGGCUUUUGACCCUAUGAUGUCAGAUAUUUCAUUAACCAAUCAGCGUUGAUGUUGAUGUUUCUAGUGGCUUACCCACAGUUCCGUGCACCUCACUCCAAAAACUUGCCGCAACAGACCGUUUCAUUGGCUAAUCCCUCACAUCAUCCAGAACGCAGGUUAUAUAACAACUCUUCCAGAUCCUAGUGUAGUAAAGAUAAGCAAAACAAAAUUUUGAACUAUAAAAAAAAACGAAACGAAAUAGGAUCUGUGUUUUAAUGAGAUUGGUGGUGUAUGAUAUAUAUAGUAUGAUUUAGUGUAUGAUAUAUAUAGUAUGAUUUAGAAUUCUCUGUUUUUGACCGACUAGGGAACUACUGUUAGUAAAUUUACAUCUUAUAAAAUUAGAAUUUCUAAGAAUUAUACGUUAUAAAGCAGCAAUAAAAUAUGUAUGAUAUAUAGUAUUUAUAGAAUGAUCCAGGAUUAUGGUUUCAGUAAUAUCUACCAGUCUUGGCUGGGCGUAGUCAAAUUGUCCAGCUAGAGACCUUACCUUUUAGUCAAUUUACAUCCCUUGAAAUUAGAAUUUCAAAGAAUUUAAACACAAUAAAAAUGGGAUAAAGCUAAAAACUAUCAUAUUCGUUAGAAGAAAUAUCUAGCUUAUUUAAUUAUACGAAGUAAACAAAAAGUCA